GCGCCGACCUGAGAGCAAAAUAUUCCCAAACCCUAAGCCCUCCGCCCCAUCCCGCGGCGAAUCGCUGGUCCGACCCCCAAGUCUAGGGUUUAUGUUCGCUUUCUCCCCACGCAUUCCUCCCGCCCGCGGCGCUCCCUGAUCUGGUCAACACCGCCAGAAUCCACGCUCCAGAGUUGGUGGGGGGCGGAGGAUGCAGACGGAGGCGAGGGUGGGGAUAGCCGCCGCCACGAUGGAUAGCGGCGCCGCGGCGGCGGCCGCUCGGAGGUACACGACGCAGCCGCCGCCGCCGCCGCCGCAGCAGCAGCUGCACCGCCACCAGCCGCAGCUUGGGACGGUGCCCCACCUCCUUGCCGGCGGCGUCGCUGGCGCCGUCAGCAAGACUUGUACCGCGCCUCUCGCCCGCCUCACUAUUCUAUUCCAGGUGCAAGGAAUGCAUUCAGAUGUGGCUACCCUGCAGAAGAAUAGUAUAUGGCGUGAGGCAUCCCGCAUUGUCUAUGAAGAAGGCUUCCGAGCAUUCUGGAAAGGAAAUCUUGUAACUAUUGCACACCGGUUACCUUACUCCUCAAUUAGCUUUUACACGUAUGAGAGGUACAAGAAGCUGCUACAAAUGAUACCUGGUCUUGACAAGAAUGGUGGAUUUGGUGCAGAUGUUGGUGUUAGAUUGAUAGGUGGUGGUUUGUCUGGAAUAACAGCAGCUUCGAUGACAUAUCCCCUGGACUUAGUACGGACUCGUCUUGCUGCUCAGACAAACACUGCUUACUAUAGGGGCAUAUCUCAUGCUCUUUACACCAUCUGCAGAGAUGAGGGUGUCAAGGGGCUCUACAAGGGUCUUGGUGCCACUUUACUGGGAGUAGGCCCCAGCAUAGCAAUAAGCUUCUGUGUCUAUGAGACUUUGCGAUCUCAUUGGCAAAUAGAGAGGCCAUAUGAUUCACCUGUUAUGAUCAGUUUGGCUUGCGGAAGUCUUUCAGGAAUUGCAUCCUCAACCAUUACAUUUCCGUUGGAUCUUGUAAGACGACGCAAGCAGUUGGAAGGAGCAGCUGGAAGGGCCCGCGUGUACCAAACAGGACUUUUUGGGACAUUUGGGCAUAUUUUUCACACAGAAGGUUUAAGGGGCUUGUAUAGAGGAAUCUUGCCUGAGUACUGCAAAGUGGUCCCUAGUGUUGGCAUUGUUUUUAUGACGUACGAGACACUGAAAUCCAUCUUCACGGAACUGGCAUCAGAUGAUUAGCUAUCCAACAUUGGUCAGCAAUUUUGAAGUUUGAAGUCCAUCUUCACGGAACUGGCAUCAGAUGAUUAGCUAUCGGACAUUGGUCAUGCUUGAAAAUUUUGAAGUUGGGCCAAUAACAGUGAGGUCGACUAGAGCGAGAAAUAUGACUUUGUAGCAUAUAUUAGGAUAUUAGAUGGUGCGGAGUUUUUGAGUUUAUAUCAUGGAAGGAUAUCCACAUGGUUACAUAAUUUCUUGUAGUGCAUGGUAAAACAAGAGCCCUGCCAUAGGUCUUCAGAUUUCUGUUCACCACUUUUUAGUGUAUGUUAACACUUUUCACUUUGUAACGGUACAUGAGACCAUAGCCUUCAGCCUGAUGGUCUACAUACUCCUGAAAGAUGGCCUCCAAUAUGAUCAGUUACCUAUGUUGUCCUA